UUGACAAAGAUUUCUUUCUUAGUACUGGUACUCGCCUACUCAUCUGUUGGCUUCACCUCUCUCGUAGGAAACUUGGCUGUGCUAACUAUCGUUGUUUGUAGAAAAGAAAUGCGUACUGUCACCAAUAUUUUCAUCAGUAGUGUCUCCACUGCGGAUUUGUUGAUUACAUCCGUUUCUCUGUGGGCAACUCCGCUUGCUUAUUUCCAAAGAGUUUGGAAUUUCGGCCAAGUAAUGUGUUAUAUUGUCUAUGUUAUACAGGGAGCUUCGUUGAUGUGGGUUCCACUAACUCUGGCAGCAAUCGCUGUGGAUCGCUAUCGGCUAGUUGCUCAGCCGUUUCUUCAACCAAUGUCGACAAAGUGCUGUUUCGCCUGUAUUACCAGCAUAUGGCUAUCGGCUUUCGCUGUACUUUCGCCGAUGCUUGCCAAUGUUCGUUUCUUCGAAAUCAGCCCAUGUUAUAAGAAUUAUAAAUCUUUUCUUCCUUGGGUAGGGCUCGUGGAUAGCGUGGCAAAGCAAUUAAAUCGUGGUUAG